CCAUUUUGAACUAGUGAAAACCAAGCUACCCGGUUCCGUGAAAAAGUUGCAUGAUUGCUGUUUGUGGUUCGUCUUGACGUGCUUUUUUAGUGAUAUUUACCAACUGCUGCUUGCUUCGUGCAUUGGAUCCAUUGUGUGCAACGAAAUAGGAACCUCUUGCCAAAAGUGAAGAAUCUGUUGCCAAGUGUAAAAUUUACAUAAAUAAUGAUGGAUAUGUCCGGUCCACCCAGGGGUGGUUAUCGUGGUCGUGGAGGACCACCACGCGGUGGAUACAGUGACCGGGGCGGUUCACCAUUUCCCUUCAGAGGACGCGGCCGUGGGGGUGGUCCACCAAUGGGUCCACGCAUGGGUAUGGGAGGCGGAGGUCCGCCGAUGAUGCGUGGACGUGGUGGUAUGAUGCGAGGCGGAGGACCACCCAGAGGUAUGGGUGGUCCUCCUCGGGGCGGUGGUCCACCAAUGUCUCGUGGUGGUCCGUAUGGGGGCGGUGGUGGACGGCCAAUGGGUGGUCGCUCCAAUUACGGUGGUCCAUCGUCUUCCGUGUCGAACGGAUCGGGACCGCCGGCCGCUAUUGCUCAAGCAGAGAACGGCGAUGCUGGCAAGGUGCCAGAAACAAACGGCGCCGCAAAAGCCGUCUCCACAACCUCUGGUAGUGGAGCGGGAGGAGGACAAGGUGGAGCCACGGGUGGUUCCGCAAAUUCUGGUUCGGGAUCGGCCCAGGGCGGUACAACCGGUGGUUCCGAGGCUGAACACAUGUCGCCCAAGCAAUCGAUCAAAACGGCCGAUUCGAGUAGUUUGGCCGUCGCGUCGCAAGAAUCGUCGAUACAGUCCACCCAUUCGUCGGCACCGUAUCAUUCGUCACCGCGUGGAAUGUCCCGCGGACGGGGUGGUUUCAUGUCCCGUGGUAUGGGUCGCGGUCGCGGAGGUGGUGGAGGUGGCGGUUACGGUGGCGGCGAUUACGGCGGACCUAGACCGUUCCGCGGUGGAAUGGGUGGUGGUCGGGGCCGUGGUGGUGGCGGCGGAGGCUAUGGUGGUGGUGGUGGUGGCGGUGGAUACGGAGGAGGUGGUAUGUCCGGCGGUGGGUACGGUGGUGGUGGUGGUGGAAUGGGAGGUGGUGGAGGUGGCGGAGGAUAUGGCAAUGUGCCACCAUCCUCGUACAACCCGAUGGGCGGUUAUGGACAGAAUAACGGUGGUCCGGGUGGUGGUGGCUACGGCCAAGGACCUCCACCGCCGCGCCAAUUCGAUUCACGACAGCCAUCGAAUCCGUCGGCCGUACCACCCAUCAAUAAACGCGGUGGUAUCCCUGGCGUGGGCGGUCCUCCGGGACCGAAACGUGGUCGUUACGAUGCAGGUCCGCCAACUCGUGCGCUACCCCCGAAAGCCAUGCCACCCCAUCACGGUUCGGCAGCUCCCGUUCCUUCGUACAGCGCUCCUCCGCAGCCGAUGGCCAAUCACGGUGGUUACAGCGAUCCGAAUGCGCAUGCUCCACAGAUGGAGCACCAGUACGCGCACACAGCAACGGCCAAUACCGGUGGCUAUGGAAAUGCCGCAGCUCCACAAUCCGGCUAUGCCAGCAACGGCUACAGUCAGGGCUCGUACGGUAACACGACGAUGGCAAGCACCGGAUAUCCCAGUACUGGCACGGAAUACGACACAACACAUUACGAUUACAGCAACACGGCCACGUAUGAUACACGCUAUCAAUCUGGCUACACGCAGGACUAUAGUCAAACGUACGGCACUACCACGGAUUACAGUGCAGUGUCGACAGAUACCUAUGCGAGCCAGCAGUAUGACGAUCGUUCCACUGCCUACAGUGGUUACGACGCGCAAGCGUAUUCGCAGGGCUACGCCAAAACCGAUCAAUAUGCGCACAGCGGUUACUAUUAAAUGCGCGCGGCUUAGAGAGCGAAAUAGCAAAACACAAACCAUAAGCAAACCAAAACGCCAGGGAUUAACAAAAAGAUUGCGAGCGCGGCGUGUGUUGUGGUGUACAUCAAAAGCUGCAGCUACAGGCUAUGCUACAACCACCGCUUUUACUGAUCGAUAACGGCGCAACUGCUACACGCAUACGGCAGUGUAACACACAAAGAUUAGCAGCUUUAAUGCUGUGGCAAAUCUGUAGUCAACCGAAGGUGCGUGGUGUGCGCGUGCCGCCGUCACACCGCUCUCUCCAAGCAAAUGUGAAAUCAUACGGCAAAAAUGGCGGUUUUGAGACAUCAAGAAGAAGCAAAAAUAGAAGAAGUAACGCAAAAAUGGUAAAGCCAUACCCGUGCAUAGUUUCAACGAUUAACCACAAACCAAAACCCAAUAGCAAAAGAAUGGUUCACCACCGUAUCAUCGCGAUACAAGUGAGAAAGGGUGUGGUAGAAAAGGAUCAAUAUCCUCGAUUAAAUAGUGUACAGAACUAAAGAAAUGGCAACAGGGGUGACACCGGACCACAACAUCGAAAUUGAUAAGAAGGCAGUAGCAUUCAUUUGCCGUAUCGGGCGGGAUAUGCAAACACUUUAAAGCAAAGAGUAACAUUCAUCGUGAAAUGGUAGAUUUAACUUGUCGUGUUUGAAUCAGGCAGAUAGUGUGUAAGCAAACUUAGUAAGUAAGGGACAGUAAGAUGAUAACUAACCUACUACUACACAGGAAUGUAAUGAUGAGUGCGUAGGAGAAGCGCGGGUUGGUGGUCAGCACUUUUAAGAAACCACCACAACAGCUUCGUUUUAGGUUGCAUAAAGUCAUAGCAAUUGUGAGGAACAACACAUACAGUGCAGCAGCUAUCCAACGUUCGAUUAGGUUUAUAUAAUCUAACAAGAAUCCAUUGAAUGAAUAUCAUAAGGAUCAUGCUGCUACCCAAUAGUGCAUGUAUAGAAACUAUUGUUUACAAAGAUAAAACACGGAUACAACUUCCUUUGAUAGACGCUUUAUAAUAAUUCUUUCGUUUAAAGAUGUGUAGAAAAAAAAACCCUUUUCUUUUCUUACAAUUCUGACCUUUAUCUGAUUUCCCUGCGGACCAAACGCGGCAGCGGUUGUUGACUGUUCGUACAUCGUGAUUAUUUUGUUGAAGAAACUUCUUCGAAAAUCUACUAUAUAAUAGCUUUUUUUUAAAUUAAUGUAUCUUUUAAUGGUUUCAUUUGACGAUCUUAACUUGCUUAUUUUUAUUACCUUUCCCCUUGUUUUAUUGUGUCGAAAUCGAAGCGAAAGUUAAGCACUCUCACCUUUUAAACUUAAUUCUAUUCAAUUUUAUAUUGAACAAAUAAAUAGCAAACAUACAGAUAGAACUAAAUGAGGAGCCGAUUUGUAAAAUGACGAGGUGUAGAAUGAUAACACAUUCGAAGGAUUGCAUUAGACGCAUCUCGUAUGCAGGGUAGGCUUUCUGAUCAACAGGAGGGAUUAUGGUCAGAGCAUACACGUUCACAGGUAGAGGGCGUAGAUGUUCCAGUAGAAGUUUGGUUUAUCUUUGAAAGAGUAGCGCCUCUCUGUAUGAAGGAAUACACGGCGUAGAGUGCACGUAAUCGAGCGCGAAGAAAAAAAAAGAUUAGUUUGUGUACAGGGCAAACUCAGCGCAUCAAUAAAACCGUGGAAACUAUUAAUGGAAAAUCAAACAACAGAUACAACUAACCAUAAAUAAAUUUGGUACCAACCGUACAUAUACAUAGGUAGCGUUUCAUUCCUUUAUGGACCUAAUUAGAAACACGGGGGAAAACAAGAAAAAAAUUAAAACUGGAAACAAUCAUAUAACGAUGGGGGAACAGGUAGUCGUAUGGAAAUCAUCACACAAUAAUAUUCAAAGCUUGGGAAAAAAGGGAAACACAAAAAUAAAUCUCCAUACGCCAUAAAACUAUCGAACACCACCACGAUGUCACAGGUCGCAAAGAAGGACCUUGAUACGUUUGUAGCGAAAUAUGUACUACCUGUACCCAGCCCUCGACGGGUGAGAAACAGUAAAACCCAAUAAUCUACAUACCGAAGACGAUACCUGGCGAAGAUAUCUUUUCCUCUUUUUAGUUUCAUCUAUAACACAACGAAAAAUCCUUACCGAAAGAGCCAAAAGUACCUGACUGUAAGAAUAUUUUCUUACCUGUCUACCCAGCGAACGCUAAAAUUAAACGAUUUCCAAGAAAACGAAGCAUCUUCUGUCCAUGACUUAACGUGCCUUCGUAACAGGCAACUUCUCAACCGCUGCAGUAUUUUAUCCACUGUUAAAAAAGUUUAUGCAAAAGAUUAAACACAUUUACAAUUAAAUGUUUGCGUAAUAUGAAUGAAUUUUAUAAAUCAUAAAAAUCAGAAAUCAGAAAUUAUGACAUUAUAAUUUGCGGGACUUUUUGCGACAAGAGUUUUUAAUCAUUUUAUAUUGAUGCUUACUUUAUACACAAUUUCACAGAGGUAUGUGCAUCAUGAAUUAACAUUUAGUGGAGUUCGUUUGAUAGAAAAGAGAUGUAACAGCCGUAUAUUAAACUACGAUACAAUCAAUUAACAUCCACUUUAAGAAAUUCUAUCAGUCCAAAAGAUUAGUCCGGCACUUCUAGUGUUAAACAUGCAAUACACUUUGCAAGAAAGGGCAUUUAAAUGGAAAAGAAGUGUUUUUCUACUUUACUCACGCAUGCAUAUGUUGUAAGUAGUGAGUUACGCGUGUACACUAAAUGGGGAAAGAAUGUUGAUGCUCAAUUGCAGACAACAACAGCAAAUUAUGAAACAGUACGAAAUAAUAGCGAAUAGAAAGAAAGCCAUUAAAAUUGGUGAUAAAGAAAUCGUUUUACCCACUUCCUUCGUACGUGUGCAACAACAAGAGUUUUCCAACAUGAUCAUGUGGUGCAUGUUUCGACCAUUGCGUUGAUUAUGUUUGGUACAAAGCUAACAAAUGAUAUAAACCGAUGUGAAAUGAUGCUAAAAACUUUGAAUGCGUAAUGCUAAAAACUGAUGAUCAUUAGUACCGUAAUGAAUACAUUAACCUGCAGUAACGCGGAUCUGCAAAUGGGUAUUGAAAAAGUACAAAUUUUCAUACUUUUGCGUCACAAUGGGGGCAUAUCACACACACACACCCACAUGUGGAAAAACAUAUAUGAUAACAUGAAAAGAAAACAAGGCAAACGAGCCGAAUAGUUUGGAGAAAAAGUAAAAAAAAACAAUGAGAAACAACAUAAUUCUGCGACCA